CCGCAUUCCAAAUUCCCCCCACCGUGUCUCCGCCACCAACACCACCGCUCUGGCCACUGUAAUCACAAAUCUCUCUUACUCUUAGAGAAACAUAUAUUUGCAGAUCAAUUAUUCUUCCUUCUCCUCCUCUGUGUUUAAUUAAAUUAAUUUCGAUCAUCAAUCGAUCAAUACGUCGGCGGAGACAGAACGACGUCGCCAUCGUCGUUCUGCCAACACAACGCUAACCGAAACAGAGGAUUUACAUGGCCGCCGGGACAACAACGACGACAUUCCGACUGAGCCAACUCCACGACAUAUUCGACCGUUUCGACAUGGACUCAGACGGCAGUCUCACUGUCUUAGAGCUCGCCGCCCUGCUCCGCUCCAUCGGCCUCAAGCCGGCCUCCGGCGACCAGAUCCACGUCCUCCUUGCCGACAUCGACGCCAACGGCAACGGCUCCAUCGAAUUCGAUGAAUUAGUCUCCGCAAUCUCCAACAAUAUCGACGAGGAGACGCUGGGGAACCAGGACCACAUACUCGAGGUCUUCCGAUUGUUCGACCGCGACGGCAAUGGCGUCAUCACGUCGGCCGAGCUCGCCGGCGCCAUGGCCAAAAUGGGGCAGCCCUUGACGUACAAGGAGCUCACACAGAUGAUGAAGGAAGCCGAUACCGACGGCGAUGGAGUUAUCAGCUUUACCGAAUUCUCCACCGUCAUGGCCAGCGAUGAGGAGACGCUGGGGAACCAGGACCACAUACUCGAGGUCUUCCGAUUGUUCGACCGCGACGGCAAUGGCGUCAUCACGUCGGCCGAGCUCGCCGGCGCCAUGGCCAAAAUGGGGCAGCCCUUGACGUACAAGGAGCUCACACAGAUGAUGAAGGAAGCCGAUACCGACGGCGAUGGAGUUAUCAGCUUUACCGAAUUCUCCACCGUCAUGGCCAGGUCCACCAUGGAGUCUUUAGGGAUGGCUACAGCUGAUCCUUGA